UUUUGGGAAUCUCAUUAUCCUACUGAUAUAAAUGAAAUAAUUCAGCAAAAAAAUGCAGUUGAAAUCAUUCGAGAACUGGUUAUGCAGAAUCCACAUGAAAUUUCUCUCAUUUGCGUGGGACCAUUGACUAAUAUCGGUGUGGCAAUUAAAGCACACCCGGAAAUCAAAGAAAAUAUCAAAGAAGUUUUCAUAAUGGGCGGCAAUAGCAAAGGAAGAGGAAAUUCUUUGAAGGGAGCUGAAUUCAAUUUUUAUAAAGAUCCAGAAGCGGCGCACAUCGUCUUGAAUUCGCUCAAUUGUCCAAUAACUAUUCUUCCAUUGGAGUGUGGAAGAGAAGAAAGCAUCAGUAUAACAUUGGACUGGAGAUUCGACGUCUUGGGCAAUGUUGAUUGUAGAAACGUGCAAUUGCUGAAUGAAGUUGAGAGAAUCGCAUUUCGUAACCAACAACUAUACGACCCGUUUGAUGCUCUACUAGUUGCGAUAUUUUUGCACCCUGAAAAAUGCAUUCGAGCCAAAUAUUCUUAUAAUGCAACUGUUGAGUUGCAAGGACAUCACACUCGCGGCCAAAUGAUAUUCGACCGUCGCAGCAAUAAACAUAACGUAAGCGUCAUAGAGUUGCUGCAUGGAGACGAAAUCAAAAAACUUCUACAAUGGACCGCUACAGCCUGAUUCAUUCCGCGAAUGUUAAAAUGAAUGUUAAUAAAAAUGCAUAUAAACUUGA